UAAGGACUACUUACUUAGCCAGUCCCGAUGCGACUUUCAAUGGCGCCGGUUCUCCUCGGAUCUUCGCGUCCUGGCAUUUUGGGAUCCCACACUGCGGUCCGCGUAACUUUGCCCGGUCAUGCCACAUAAAUCAGUGUCAUAAAUCUGCGCGUCUUGUGUAUGAAAUUAUGUGCCAGUGUUUCGCAAUCAGCAACCAACGAGAAAUUCUAGAUAUUUAUCUGCCGAGUGCCAAAUAAAAACUUGUCUAAAGAAAAACAAGUAAAGCAAGCAAAUUAACCGUUUGGCGGGAAACGAAAUAAAGUGGUAUCCCAGCGGGUGAAAGUGAAGAAAGUCAAGUGAAAGUGGCGGCUGCCGUUCCCUAAGUGAAGAAAAUAAAAUCCUUCUUGUGUCAGCGUGCUUGGAAUGCUCAUCCGCGAGGAGGCGUGAGCUACUGAAAGAUGGCCAUCCUGGAGUCUUGUUGCUUUUGGAAGGAUGUGCGGAGUGGCAGCUUUGCCUGUGCCAUCUACACGUUGGUUUACUUUGGCUUCUCGACGCUGAUGUUUUUGUUCUACCUAAUCGAGGAACAGGACUUUCUGCUGGGUAACCGUGCUCAGCCGCUGGGUGAAAGUUUGCUGGAGAAGGGCGAUGUGACUGUAGUGACUGUGAUAUUCAACAUUUUGUUGCUCCUUUGCUCCAUGCUGAUGGUGCUAUCCUCGGUUCUGCUCAUAUUGGGCCUCCAGCAGAACAAGAGACAUCUGCUGAUACCCUGGAUUAGUUUCAUGCUGGUCGAUCUGCUCAUCGAGGUCUGCCACUUGGUCCACUUGGCCCUAUCCCGCCGCGUCAAGUUCGAUCCGAUUGUCGGUUUCAUCUUCACCAUGGAUUUCUUCCUACUGUGCCUCAAUCUCUACUGUCUGCUGUGCGUCAUCUCGCAGUACCAGACGUUCCGCUCGCAGCGGGCGGAGAUGCGACUGGCGGCCUCGGCGGCAUCGCCUAUUGUGGUCUUCACAGCAGCGGAGAAGCUAACCAAAGUACACCAGCAGCAACUGCAGCAGGCGCAGCAGCAACAACAGCAGCACAGUAAUCUGCUGCAGCAGCUGGAGACCGGAAGCGGAAAUGGCAAGCGGCGACGUAUGCUCGGAGCAGCCAGCCCGCUAAUAACUUCGCAGCGGCUAACCAACUUCUCAACCAUCACCGAGGAGGAGGAGCAGCAGUCCCGAACAGACCACCUGGCGGAGCAGCCAACUGAAGAGGAUCUCGGCCGCAUACCAAUUUUCACUCUGGCUUCCAGCCCAGCUCAUUGCCAUUGAUGCAACUCAUCACUAAGCCAAUGUUACGCGUUUCUUCUCGAAUACACAUUCCAGCAGAGCUAUACGAUAUUUUUACAAAUUAUUUGAUCCGAAAGGGCUGAAUAAAGGGAAAUGAGAUUUUCAGCAGGCAUAUAACAGACUUUGACAAAAAUGCGCUUAUAGUUGACGUGCCUGCUCCAUGGAAACGAAGCUACUGUAUCUAAUUGGGGGAUGCAAAUAGGCUUCAGGGAUGUGACAAAUGCCCUUCAUUGUCAGUACUGAAAUAUAUACUCGGUAUAUUGAAAAUGAUAACUUAACUUGAAGCAUUGUUAAACUAGCAGAAAGGUUUCUAGGAGAAUGUAUAUCUUAAGGUGUUCUGAUUAUGUUAUUUUCAACCAUAUUUGAAUGAGUAUUGUCUUAACUAUGCCUUAAAGGGCACAUAAGUAGUUUGUGCAAGUUAGUUAGGCUUGCCUGUACUCCUUGAGUAAAAUCCGGUGCUUGACAAUGGCAACAGGAUAUGCGCUCCGUUCGAGCUCGAGUGCUUUGCCAAGUCAAACUAUUCAGCAACUGGCGGAGUGACCCCGGAGGCAGACUUUUUGAAAUAAUUAUUCAAAUGCUCGAGCUUCAGCCGGUCAGACAGCCGCAGGUCAAAAUAACCCUAAAACAACAAGGCACGAGGGUAAAAUGGACUUUUAAAACGUAAUUAGCUUUUGAAAAAUGCUGACCCGCCCAUGAAGGCGACGAGAUUGAGCUCGGGUUAACAGGUUUUAAUGUCCGCCUAAUAUUAUUUAAAUUACGCUGUUAAGCUCCUAUUAAAGUCACUGGAAUGACAAAAAAAAAGAUUGUUUCCACUGCAAUCCAUUACAACGGCUAGCACGAGUCCUUUGCAGACCUACCGACGUCAUCGGAGCAAAGCAGGAGCGUCAUUAAAUGGCACUUAAUCACCGGGCUAAAUUGGCCCUGUUAAUUAAACCCCCAGGUGGAGAUGCAGGGAUAUAUGACACCGGUUCGCUGCCUUGAAGCGGAUGAGCGGUUUAGGGUCCCAAACUCGGUUUCCUGUCCGCCAGCUGUCGAUGACAAAGAGUCCCUGCCGGAGAAGCCACACAAUCCGCAAACUGUGGUCCAACUUCCGGGAUGUAAUGUGCCAGUGCCACCGAAACACUGACAGAAACUAAUGCACUUCAAUUUGCAACAAUUCAAAGUCCUAAAAAAGCAAUUGCUUAAAUUGCUUAAAUUUUGUAUUAUUUUAAAGAUUUUUAUGAGUAAGUCAUCACGAAUUUAUGUUUACAAGGUAUGUGUACACACGGUCCUGGACGCUGUGGAAACUCCCACUCUGAGAGUGAGCACAACUGUUAUUAGUUUUGUGAAAAGUCGCCCAAUAUUGACAUUGCCACGGGCAGCGGGAUUCCACACAUUUCAGUGGCAUGCUUCUUGAAACCCCACAAGGCCAAAAAUGUCCGGACACUGGUCAAAAGCUACAGAGUCGGAAAAAACAAAAGCCUAAUGGAUUCUUAAGUGGUGGAAUGCAGUGUAAAGUCUGUUAGAUUUAUAUCAAGUUUCCGAGGAAAUUCCUCUGCAAACAUAAUUGAUUAAGAGUUUAAAUGCUUUUUCAUUGCUUUCUAUUUAGUGUUAUUGUUGCCUCAAAUUCUUAGACAAAUACAAGGCAGAAAGAUAGAUAAGAACUGCAGCCAUAAAGCAAAUAUUUGUAAUUGCAAUCUUUCUGCUUGGCAGCCUUUUUCCGCCUUGAAUGAAAUCAAUUCAGAAACCAUGGAGCGCAAUUGUAAUUACACUUUUUUAGGUGAAACGAAAUGUUUGAUGGAAAAGGCGAUGUGGAAGGACGCGUUCAUUUUUAUGCACACAAAGUGAAAUAAGUCCUGUGGAUUAUUUCGUGCUUGGAAUCACUGGCAUUUUUGAUGGGAAACAAAUGCAGCACUCGCGUUGCAAAUCCCUGGAAUUACUUUUGGCAUUAUCAAUAGACCGCAGUUGGCUCUUUAAAGUUGCCAUUGUGGGGCACUUAAGGGAUAAAUACUUGUACCAUACACCACAAUGCCAUAUCCCGGGAUUAUUGCUCCAAACACACACUCACAAUUGCCAAUAAGCUCACUUUCACAAGGCCGAAACGCGCACGCUUUCUAUCUAAUUGCUAAGAUGACUGCUUUCCCAGACUCCCGAUACCAGGAUAAUGAGUUUUCCAUUAGCGCUUGAGUGCGGCGGGCGGUGGCAAUAUUUGCCAAGUGUCCCGACUGCUUAAGUGAAAAUUCAAUUAAAGCAUCAGCAUCAGUGAAAUCAAAUGAAAUUCCUGUCUCGCCCAGCGUCCGCAACUUUGGACACUUGGAGUGACUGGCGAGCACUGGUGGCCAUUGAACUUGCUGGCAAAUUCGAGCAUGCGAAAUACAUGCAUGUUUGAUGCGACUGAAAACCCUGGAAAAAGGCUAAGUUUUGACAGCCAUCACUGCAAUACCACCACCACAGAAACAACAGGAAACCGGAAGUGUAACAAUGGGUGUCCAACUUUUCUGAGCGUGCAUCUCGACCCAAGUUACCCCACACAAUGGCCAACCGAAACUUGUGUGUGUCAAGCUCAGGAGAUUGAGCAUCUUGGAUUAAAUUAAAUGUUAAAUUUUCAGGCAGCUUAUAACUUCUACCCUUCACUUUAAGAAUAUUGACAGAUUUCAGACAACUUGAGACCGAGGGACUUUGCUGCCUUUCGCAGACUUUCUGGACUUUCACUUGAUUUAUAGCAUAUGACAACUGGGGAAGGCUCUUAUGUAUGAGCGUUGUAAUUUAAAAGGCAGAAAGUAAACAGGAGUUUUUUUUGGGAAACUUGACGCUUGACGAGAAUGGCAGCCAGUUUGUCACUCGCUUUAUUGCGUAUACGCAGCGUGGCCGGGGAAAGGGUCGAUAUGAACGUCAGUUGGCAGGAAAUUUAUGUAGAUUUAUGUACGUGUGUUCGCUUUAAGCUCUUCAUACUCGCUUAUGGAUACGUGGCUACAUGCAUUCAAUUAGAAAAUUAGCAUUGAAAUGAAGCUAAUUUUCGCUCCAAGGAGAUGCCAUAAAAGAUGUAAGCAUCUUAAUGAAUAUUAAAUGAUGAAAACGAAAUUCCUUGGCCUAGUCUACAGGAACUUUAAUUGAAACAUAAAACUUAUUCUGCCCAGCAAGUUAUAUUUGUGCUGGAACUUAAUUCCCUCGAGACAAGCCAUAAGUACAAGCGCUUAACGGUCAUUUGGGGCCCACAAAUGACUUCUAAUAAUAAGCGAAUUCUGCCAAGUGUAAACUAUAAACAGCUUUCAGAACUUCGAGUAUGGAAAGCCUCUUGGCCGUUGUCACAAGCAGACUUGUUCCGCCUUUGAGGGAUUUCAACAUAUUGAAACCAAAAUAAUUAGGAUAUAAGCCGGCAGAAGCGAGUCGCAUUAGCGGGAAGCCGUUUGUCAGCAAUAAAUCGUGCAAGUAAAUUAUGUGGAACAAGGCCCACACAUCAAUCUUGUGACUCCAAAAAGAAAAAGAUGUGGGCUUCGGUGACACCUCAGUGUUAAAAUACAUGCACGGGAUUUGGUGGAAAUUAGGCAGCUGUAGCAUAUGUAAAAGAAAAAAGCCCACGUUACUCCGCCUCCCAAGAGAAUUAAGCCAUUUUUAAUUGAGCUCCUUAUUUUGGUCUACUUCAAAGCAAAAACCGCGUGCUUCAAAACAAAAAAAAAAUUCUGACCUUUUUCAGAAGGCACAAUAUUAGCAUACAAAAGGCUUGAGGACUUAUUCAUAAGAAAACAAAAUAGAAUCCUUUUGUAAAUGAUUCGUUAUUCCAUAGCGCAACCCUUAACCUUAAGUUCUGCUCUUUAAGAUCGUACAAAAUUCAAUUUAUUUGCUGGCCACCUUGUUUUCCGGUUACAUUUUACGAGAAUUUUUAAUUGAAAAUACUUGCCAUUCUGCACAAUAUAAACAAAAAUCAAAAAAAAAAAAAAAAUGUCUAGCAAUUUGGAUACCCUUUACACAUUUCUUGGAGGGUGUAAAUAUUUGGCUUCUUGCUAUAAAUUUGUAAUUUAUUUAUUUUAAAAUUUAUUUCAUAAUUUUUAAUUUCUUACCAAAAAGUGCCAAUAUACCCAAAAUUCGUAAGAGGGAUAGACCGCAGCCAAAUAGUUUCCAUGACAACGAUUCGCGGGUAAAUAAAUCCCCAAAGGGAAGUCGGGUAUAAAGAGAUUAAUAUUUCAGCAAUAAAUAUGAAAAUGUACGCAAAAUGACUACACUUUUGCGAUAGUAAAAUCCGGAGCUUUAGAACUCAGCUCAAUUAGCUAGGCAUUUUGCGCAUUUAAUUCAAUUAGUACUAAUAGAGUAAGAACCUAAAAAAAAGUUGUUUUUGGAUAACCCAACAUUACGAAAUAAAGCCCACAAAAACAAUUAUGCUAAUGGCUUCUCAAGUUUUUGCAACUGAAGUCUAUUAUUUUUAAACUAUUUCUGGAUGAGCUUUUGCGCAACUAAUAAUAUUAAUAUCUUGCUUCCCAACAACAAACUUUAACUGGGGCAACCACUGCGGUUUGUUGAUCUUUCAUUAGAAUAGCGCCAAUACUGAAUUUUAGUUAUGUUUAUUUUGUCGACUCUGGUGUUUGCCCAUGAAUUUGGCUGUCAAAACUUUUGACUGACAACGCGAGUGCCACUUGACAUUCUUGGCGAACUGAAGUUCACCUCCUCUAAAGUGGAAAACGGAGAAAUGCCUUCGCUUGGAAGGAAAAUUUCUAUAAAUGAUAAAUCGACUCGAAGUGCUUGAGCUUAAGCAGGGUUGACAAUUGAUAUGCACUCAAAUGGAAUUUCCACGGCGCGUGAGCAUAAGAAAUAAGCUUAUUUAGUUCAGGCUUCGCAAUGGGCUUUAAGGACUUAAAAUUGGUUAUGAAACGGGGCGAAGAAAAGUCCUUUAUCCAUAUUAUCUUCUACCCGGCGAAUUGGAUGCUGGAAACCUUGGCUUGACUUAUUUCCCAUAUUCGAAUGGCUUUUACGUGUCCUUUGGGUGGCAUUUGCUGAUAUCAUUCGGCAUCGGCGUCCAUUAGUUUCAAUCAAAUUUCAUAAGCAAACAAGCAGGACCAAUAAACGGCUGUAUAUCCGUGUGCCAGUUUAUGCACACUCGUAUAUAUUGGCAUUAGCAUGCAUGAUAAAUAAUAAACAUAUUAUAAAUAGCUUUUUCCUCGGCAAGCAACUUGGCCAUCAAUCAAUGGUGGCCAACGAAUGGGCCCAAAGGCCUUUGGCUUCCCUUCCGCAUCGUAUUACUCAGCACAUCCCACUCAGAUGGUCCAGAAUGGCAUUGGCAAACAAGAUUUAUUUGGCCUCUUUGGGGUUAUCCAUACACUUGGCUGACAUUAAAUUGGGCAACCUAAAUUAAAGGCCACGCACUUUUUGCCAAAAGGACGUUCGCGGUUGGCAGGCCGUCAAAAUGCUUUUUAUGGUUAAUCAAGAGCCGUGCGGUAUUCGAUUAGCAUAUUAAUUGGCAAUUCCCGGCAACUUCCUAUCAAUCGCUGCCACAAGCUUUAAAUUAAUUAAUUAACUUUCGAUGUAAACAUUUGUUCAAUCAGUGUCUCUCUUAAAAUAAGGGAUGUUUCCGGGACUGAAGUAUGGAUGGUGAAAUGGUGAAAUGUUGUUCACUUUCAACCUGCUGUGUUGGUUUUAAUCCACAGUCAAAUGACGUAUACGCCGCGUGGGACCAUUUGAGUGGCACAGUGCCGCAGGUGCUGUUUUAAUGACCCCGAUAUCUCUCGACACACGCGUCGACAAUCAAAGAAUUCUAUUUCAGGUCAUCAUUAGAAAUAUAUUUUCUGCAACGAGCCAGUCAUACGUGCGUCUAAUUGGCAACAGACCGUCAUUUAUAGGCAACAUUUAAAAUGGUACUCCGAAAUCGAUACAUUCAGAUAAGUUUUAAUUCGCACUGGCUUAAUAAUUUCGCACGUGCCGCACAACCAGCUCAGUCCUUUCAAUCUCUUCAUCCUUGGCCAUUUGAAUAUCCCAAAUGCAUAGCUUUUCAGCCAUUGUCACUUCAAUCUCUAGCGGAAUGUUUAUUCAUUUAUCAGCCCCGGAGCGCAGAUGUUUCAGCUUGACAAACAUCAACUAACACCGAUGCACAGGGCAAUUGCACAAGUAUACGCAGUAAGUAAGCCAGAGUAAUCUAAACAAAACAAUUGCAAUCAGGGACUUCAACAGCAUGGGCAAAUGCAAGGCCAUGCCGAAAAUGUCAACACAAUAACACGUAUACGCACGGUGGGCCAUCCGUAUGAGUGAACAUCGGCUGUUGUUGUGUGCAAAGCGUGUGUUUGCCAUCAGUUUUCGGGAGCCUAAGUUGGCCUGGCCCCCCUGUCAAAUCAAAGAAAAUCUGCUUUGACAGCAGUAAAGGAAGGGAACCGAAAAAAAAUAACCAACAAAGUAGGUUUGGGUUGGGAUAAAAGGUGUCACCACAACUUUGAUAUGUGUGAGUAAACGCUGAUGUUUGUCGCUCAAGCGAAAGUGAAAGGCUUUAAGGAAAAGCAAAAGCUCCGACCUUUUCUUUUUUAUGAUUUCCCAAAACGUAAGCACUUUUGGGAAAUUCAUCUGCUUAAAAGCUGCAACCGCAAGGUACAACUUAAAUACAUCAACAAUGUUAUCAAUGGUUUUAUCUCGUCUGCCAAAUUAAAUGUCGCUAAGUACGGGCUCACGCCCACACGGAUGGCCUUCAGCAGCCGCGGGCUAAUAAAAACACUCCCGGAAAAGGGUCUCCUUAUCGCAGGACUUCAAAAAUAAGCACACUCCCAUAAGAGAUUCCCAUCGAUGUGACAGUCCAAAAAGGAAAUGCCUAUCUGGGAGUCAUAAACGGUUCCUAAUGGCCGAUGCCUUGCUACGGGAGUGUUGCCCGGCAACAAAACCACAUCAAAAUGUUGUUCCAAAGGGAAACAAGUUUCAAAAAUGUAUAAAAUGGUUGGAAGUGCAAUUCGAAUUGAACUCUGCGUUGCCCAAAUAAGCAACGGUGAUGUUGAACAUAAUCCGCUUUCAAAUGGAACACACAACAGUUGGCGAAGUUAAAAAUGAGAAAGGGACUUUGUACAUUCGCUUGACAGUUAUUUGCAUUCGCUUGUCAACCAAAUUUUCCGGAAGCGGAAGUUAAGUUAACAGUUGUUAAAAUAUUAAAUCAAUUAAAUACUUACAACACUGCCAGGAAUAUUUAUAAGAAGUGAAAAAGUUCCAAGAACUACCAAAACUUUGUGACUACAAGAAACACAAAAGUUUGCCGAAACUAUUUGUGUAACUUUCUCUCGCCAAGACUUGUAUUACCAUUUAUUUCAGAAGGACCGCAAAAAAGUGGUUUACGAUGCCAGAUGAGCGCAUGAAAUUCUUAGCGGUCAGGUCCACUACCAAAAAGCUUUAAAUUUAUCCAAUUAUUUUGUACGUUACCCCCAACAAUGAACUAUCAACAUGAAGGACUUUUGAUAAGAAUGUAAUCAGCAGGGCGCAAAUACCCUUCAAAGUUUUAUUCAAUAAUUACAGUGAGAGGAAGCGGGGAAGUAUGAAAAAAAAAAUCCAUCAAUCAAUCAAUACACAGCUGCUGUGAACGAAACCUUUUCAACUCCCCACGGAAAUUCACGGUGAAAUACAUCAAAUUUGUUUGUCAACAGCAGCCACCACCGACCGAACUUUCCUGUAAAUCUAUUAUGCAAAAUAAAGAAAUUCUUUUAA